UGAAAAAUGAGUUUUCCUAACUAAGAUUACCUAGCAAUGCUCAAAGCUAAGCCCCAAGUGUACCCUCAAAUGUAGCCCACUCCAUAGACUCAAAUGAUUUACCCAAAUCCCUAAUAUAUGUAUGUAACAACAUAAUUUACCCACAUUCUUAUACCUUCUAUACAUUAUUGCUUAUGCUAUUAUGAAAAUCUAGGCAACCUUGCAUCAACUAUAUGCCCUAAUACUUUAUGAUGCAACAAUUACAACAAAUGCAGUAAAUGUAAUAAAUUCCACCCAUGGCUUCUAUGGGUGCUCUGCGCAUGCCAUUGAUGCCUUCAUAGACUCAAAUACAACCUCUUUCUCAGAUGGUUAUGCCUUUUCCAAUUUAGCCUCCUAUCCCAGCUUAACCAAAAACAGAUUAGAACUUGCCUGUCUAGGUAAAGGGCACCAAGGUGAAGUUAAACCUCAAAAUGAUAAAGGACAUACCCUAAGAAGAGGACAGUGUACUGGAUUAUGACGAAAUCAAAAAGCAAAGUGGAGAUCGCCAAUUUAUCAAUUUAAAGAGAAAACGUAGACUUCUAGAUUAGUAAGAUGCGCCUUUAAUGUAAACACGCAGACGUAGCGAACAAUCCUAAUGUAAGACAAUCGCUAAGCAAUUAGAUUUAGAAAUUAGAGAAAUGCUGAAUGUAGAUGACAAAGACAUGACACUUAUAAUGGAGGCUUACCCUGACACAAAAUCCCUGCUCCAGGAAUUAAGGAAUGGAAAUUUAAAGUAAGAGAUAGAGGAUCUAUUACUCAAAUGA